AUGAAUGUGAAAAAAUACAUGAUAUGCUCGUUCUUGUUAUAUAUAUUAGUAUUGUACUAUGAAAUAUUAAUAUUUUUAAUUAACAAGAAUGUUUAUGAAAUAUUAGAAAAGAAGAAUGUUUAUAAAGUGUGCAAUUCUUAUAUACACGCAUUUUUGAAAUAUGGUUUUGUUUUAUUUUAUAUCAUCGUGUCGUUUUUACCACAAAGAAAUGUUUAUAAGAAACGUAGUAAAUUGAAUUAUAUAUUUGCUAAAUUAUUAUUGUUAUAUUUUAUAUUCUUUUUUAUACAUUUUGUUAUUAACUUGUUUAAUAAUUUCCCACUUAAUUUGUUUUAUCUAAUUAUUAUAUCUUUUCAUUUAUCUGAAUUUUUUUUAUCCUUUUUACAUAAUAAAGAGAACGCUAAUUAUUAUAAUUUCUUAGUGAACCCUAAUUCUGUAUAUGUAUACUUUUUUAUAUUAACGUUGUUUGAAUAUUAUCUAAAGAUUUUCUUUUUUGUUUUCUUAAACGUGUAUCAAAAAUAUAUAAAUAAUCAAAAAAUACUUCACAAGGUUUUAUUAAUUAAUUAUUUCUUCUUACGAAAUUAUAUAGAGAAAGAUAAAAUAUGUACAUACACAUAUACGAAUCAAAUAUUAAUAGGUACUUCUAUAAAGGUUCAAAAAAAUAUAUUACCAAAUUUAAAUACAAUUCAAAAUGUUUAUGAAUAUGAUAAAAAUAGUAAUAUAAUUUACAACAGCUUUUCUUCAAAAAAGUACUUAUCAAAAAAAUCACCAUAUUUAUUAUCUAGACCAUAUAAUCAAUACACACAAAAAGUGAAACAGAAAUAUAAAAGUCUCAAAUUUAUUAAUACAUUGACUUAUACACAAAUAAAAGAACAAACAAAUAAUAAUCAAUAUAGAAAUGUUAAUAACACAAAAGAUAAUCUUAUUAUAAAUUAUGACAAUUUAAAUAAUGAAGGUCAAUGUAUUUUUAAUUAUACGAAUCUUACAAAUAUUCUUGAAAAAUAUACUGGAAAGAAAUUCUACAAAAAUUUUGAUUUAAACAAUUCUUUUCUAUAUGAAAUUAUUUCAAAACAUAAACAUGUAUUUCAUACAUAUGAUAUACCAGAAAAUUAUGAAAAAAAAUAUAAUCAUUAUAGAUUCUUAGUUUUGCUAUCCCUAUUCUUUUGUAUAACAGGGAUGUUUCUAAGAAUAAUGGGUAUAAUCAACUGUUCAAAAAGUUUCUCAUUUUAUGUCCUCAGUUCCUAUUCUUUGGAAAAAAAAUAUAUGAAAAGAAAACAUAAUUUGAUAAAAAAGGGAAUAUAUAAAUACAUGAGGCAUCCAUGUUACACUGGGUGGUUUUAUUAUAGCAUAUUUUUGCAGUUACUGCUGUCCAACAUAUUUUGCUUCACACUGUCCUUUUUAUUAUCAUGGGUUUAUUUUUAUAGAACAAUAAAAAUAGAAGAAAAAAAUUUAUUAGAAUGUUAUAAUUACGAAUAUCAGACAUAUAUAGAAGAAACUCGUUCUACAUAUAUACCCUUUAUGACCAGGAUUUAA